GAAGAUGAUCCGAGGGCUGGAGCACGUCUCUUAGGAAGACGGGCUGAGGAAGUUGGGGCUGUUCAGCCUGGAGAAGAGAAGGCUCCAGAGAGACCUUUUAGCGAGUUCCCGGUAUCUGGAAGCGGCUUAGGGUGUUCUGCACAAAAAAGUGAUACAGUGUCUUUCUGAGUUCCAUCUUGCCCAGGACUGGUUUCCUCUCUGCUCUCACCAUGGCUACAUCACUUAGAACUGCAUGGUCCAGGUGUAAGCAGGCCCUACUGCAGAAUGGAGCUGUGUAUCCUGCUUGCCAUAAAUCUACAUACUCUGUUCUUCCUGAAGACUACAAUUGCAAAGUGGAACUUGCAUUGACAUCAGAUCUGAAGACAAUUGUCUGCUACCACCCUUCGCUUGAGAUUCCAUAUGAGCAUACAAAGCCCAUACCACGGCCAGAUCCAGUGAAUAAUAAAGAAGAAACCCUAGAUCAAGUUUUGAAAUCCAGACUGAAUGAAAAAGAGCUAAAGAACAGUGGUCCUACAACUGAAGAGCUCAGCAAAAUGUUUUACACAACAAAACAUCGCUGGUAUCCUGUGGGACAGUAUCAUAGAAGACGCAGGAAUCCUAAUCCUCCUAAAGACAGAUAAUUAAAAUGCCUUCUUGUGCAUCAACAUUGUGCUAUUAAUCUUUAUUGGAAAUAAAAAGCAGAUAAAAUAUGUUUGGCAAUUUUAUGUGAGUGUUAUAACUAGAACAUGGUUAACUAAGUUUUACUUACCUUCUGCUUCAGCUAGUUGACAGCAGAACAACAAAACUGCAGUACUUACUUUAACAAGGAUCCAGUGAAGGCUAUUGUGCGUGCACGGGCAGUGAGUGUGCUUGUCUUAGAAGAGGUGCUGGAGGGCUCCUGUUAAACUGACACACCUCCUGUUAGAGGCUUGUCCUUGGCAAAGGGAAUACAUAGAAGUAGUAUGUUAAAAUGGAAAGUCUAGAACUCAACACACUCUAAAGCUAAAGAAACCUGGCUUGAUUCUGCUUUGUAUUUUUAGCAUUUUGCAGUGCUUAAAUGUUUCUGCUACAAAAAUAUUCUAUGUUAUCUAGCAUUUUUCUUUUUUUCCUCACAAAGAGAUUUGUGACUCCAGUCUAUAGUUUUAAGCGUCAGGCUUCUGAUAAAAAGGGCUAGCUUGGAACAUUGUGCCUCUUCAGAGAUCCCAGUGACUUAUUUAAGUAAUCUUAGCAAAGCCUAAUAAAUAAUCAGAGAGUAAUUAUCCCAUAUAUGGCAUGUAUUUUGAUUGUAUUUCUAUUCCAAAGCAACGUGGCUAAGCUGGGAAGGUUCUUGCUUUUUCUGUUAGUCUAGUGUAAUUUUGCCAGCAUUUUGCCAGCCUGUGUUAUCUAUGGAUUUUGCUAGCAGUUGAGUACCAUAUACAAUCUUUAAUCCCAAUCAUUGUUAGGUUAAAGAAUACCUGCUUUUCUAAAGUUAUUACUAAAUAACUUUUUUUUCCCUUGCAUUUCCUUCAAUUGUGAAAAAUGCCAUGUUGGAUGCGUAUAAAAAGACUGCCUUUAAAUACUUGUGUAAAACUUCACGUAAAGUCUAAGUAUUUAUCUUGGUGUGAUUUUUAAGAAUGUAUUUUUAAAUCUGAAUGCCAGUUAACUGAUAAUGGUUUAUCAUGGCAGAGCAUUAAAUUGUUUUGCUUAUCAUCUGUUACGCUUGUCAGAUAUCCGAGUCCAUGCUUGAGCCUACAUCAGCCAACUGGGUUUUGGCUUCAAAUUCUAUGAUGUGUUGUUUGCAUGAUAACAGACGUUAUCAUGAAGGAAUGUCUGUUGUGUCUAUGAGAAGGAUUGCUGCUUACUCUGCAAGCUCAAUCACAAAAUGCAUUUUUUUUCUGCCUAGAAUGUAACCUUAAAAUAGCUUCUAGUCAUUUUUAGUAUGACAAAUUGUAGUAUUUUCGUCAAUUCAUGGUGCCUGGUACUGGUGCUAGUUUGUAAGUGAGGAGCUAACAUCUCACGUGUAGUGUUUUGUUAUGUUCCACUGAACAAAAUUGAGCCCCCUUUAUUUUUGGAAAGCUGAGAGCUUAUUUGGCACUGACUUUACUCCUGUGUAAUAAAAGAUACCCUUGGUUUAA